UCAGCAGGUCGCGUCACGCAGAGUGGACAUGAAGCAGAUCCUCGUCCUCGCGCUUUUCCUCGUGCCCGUGUGGUCCAAUAAGAUGUUCCGGUGCUACAACGAAACCGAGCUGCUCGGAGCGGCGGAGCGCAAGCUGCGGAGCCACUACCCGCAGCCCGCCGAGCCUUCGGCCGCAGCUGCCCGCGGAGCAGAGCUCCCCUGCCCGCUGCAGCUGUACCAGCAACCCGCCUCCACCGAGCUGAGCGCCCGCUCCGUGUCCCCGUGGACCUACGUCCUCAAGACCCUGAAGGACCACUUCCCGUCCAGCUACAUGGAGGCGAGCUGCCUCUGCUCCGGCUGCAUCCUGGUGCAGAAGGACGGCUCGGCAUUCCAGAGCUUCGACUACAACUCUCUCACGGUGAAGCAGAGCCGAGUGUUCCUGAGGAGGCAGCGGUGCAGCGACGGCUCCGGAUACUACCUGACGCCCGUCACCGUGGAGGUGGCCGUCGGCUGCACCUGCGUCAGAGCCAACAGCUCGCCGUAGCGCCGCGCAGAGACUCUGACACUAUUUAUAUAUUUAUGUAUUUAUUGAGUGUGAACGGCUGCUCUGGUGUGUGUGGACCUGACUGGACCACACGUUAUUUAUUGGUUCGAUGCUGCGACUGUAUUUAUUGCUCUGCAGGUUUCGUCCCAGUGGGACUUUAAGGUUUGGCUUCUUUGAAGCACAAUAAAGAAAAAAGUUGCUUUUUAAA